GAACAUGAGUUACUUGUCCUUUCACUUCUUUAUUCUCUUCUAAAUUUAGGGUUUCACUUUGUUUUCACCAUUUUGACAGUACUCGUGUAUCUAACGCCGAACUUCAUCUUCUCCAUCAAUGGCGGAUUCUUCCCCACUUUCGCCUCCCACUUCAGAAAUGUCGAAAACCUCUCUAAAUUCAUCCACCAUUCAACAAUCCCCUUUCUCAAAGCGUGUCCUGAUCAAAUCAAUCUUAGGGCGCCCUGAUGGCGGCGCCUCUCUGGCCGGAGAAAGCGUAGUAGUCGCUGGUUGGGUACGAACAGGAAGGGAACAAGGUAAAGGUAGUUUUGCAUUCCUGGAGAUUGCCGAUGGUUCUUGCGCUGCAAACCUUCAAGUGAUAGUUGAUGCUUCUGUCCAUGAUUUAAGCAAAUUAAUACCUACUGGAACUUCUGUUCAUGUUGCUGGAACACUUAAAACUCCACCAGAAGGUACAAAGCAAAAGAUUGAAUUGAGGGUUGAUAAGGUUCUGUCAUCAGGUUAUUGUGAUCCUGCCACUUAUCCGUUGCCAAAAACUCGUCUUACUGCUGAGUUUUUAAGAGAUCGUCUUCAUCUUCGACCUAGAACUAACAAGAUUUCUGCAGUUGCUCGAAUUCGUAAUGCACUUGCAUAUGCAACUCAUAUAUUUUUCCAACAACAUGGUUUUCUGUACUUGCAUACACCCAUAAUCACCACUAGUGAUUGUGAGGGUGCUGGUGAGAUGUUUCAAGUGACAACAUUGAUUAGUGAGUCAGAAAAGGUGGAGAAAGAAUUGAGGGAGAAUCCACCUCCUUCAGAAGCUGACAUUGAAGCAGCUAAGCUUGUUGUUCAAGAGAAAGGGGAAGCUGUAAAGAAGCUCAAGUCGGAUAAGGCAAGCAAAGACGAAAUCACUGCUGCUGUUGCAGUCUUGACUAAAGCUAAAGAGGAUCUUGCAAAGUUGGAAGAAAGAGCUAAGCUUAAACCCGGUCUUCCUAAAAAGGAUGGGAAAAUAGAUUAUACUCAAGAUUUCUUCGAUCGUCAGGCAUUCUUAACAGUCUCGGGACAACUGCAAGCUGAAUCUUAUGCGUGCGCCCUUGGUUCUGUUUACACGUUUGGGCCAACAUUUCGUGCUGAGAACUCCCAUACCUCCCGGCAUCUUGCUGAAUUUUGGAUGGUCGAACCUGAAUUAGCAUUUGCAGAUCUUGAGGAUGAUAUGAACCUUGCGGAGGCAUUUGUAAAAUUUGUGUCCCAGCAUUUAUUAGACAAUUGCCUUGAUGAUAUGGAAUUCAUUGUAAAAAAUGUCGAUAAGAGUGCAAUUGAUCGUUUGAAAAUGGUUGCAUCAACUCCAUUUGUGAGAAUUACUUACACGGAAGCAGUGGAAAAGCUCCAACAAGUUAAAGACAAGAAAUUUGAGAAUAGUGUUGAAUGGGGAAUAGAUUUAGCAACUGAGCAUGAACGAUACUUGACGGAGGUCUUGUUCAAGAAACCAGUUAUAGUAUACAACUACCCGAAAAAAAUCAAAGCAUUCUAUAUGAGACUUAACAAUGACGGGAAAACUGUUGCUGCUAUGGAUGUGCUUGUUCCAAAGGUUGGUGAACUUGUUGGAGGAAGCCAAAGAGAAGAGCGUUAUGAUGUUCUCUGUGAUAGGAUUACUGAGAUGGGGUUACCUUUGGAGCCGUAUGAGUGGUACCUUGACCUGAGGCGCUAUGGCUCUGUGACACAUUGUGGAUUUGGUUUGGGAUUCGAGAGGUUGAUUCUUUUUGCAACAGGAAUUGAUAACAUCAGAGAUGUUAUUCCUUUCCCUCGUUACCCUGGGAAAGCUGAUUUAUAGGUCAUAUUGAUCACGCUUUUGUUAUUGUUUACAUUUGCCUGGUUGCCCAACAGGCUUUAGAAUUGUGAAUUAUUUUAACCUUGCUUGAUGACAAAGAAAUUGGAGAAGCAAAUUCCUUGAUAAUUUUGAUAAAAAUUUGAGUUUGGAA